AUGCGAACACUGAUUUUACUGGCUGCUUUCUCCAUCAGCCUCGGUUGCCAGAGUGCAACUCCGACAUCUGACUCUAUUAACAACACAGCCCAGGCGAGCGCGAGUCCUGGUGCAUUGAACCUGACCGAGGCGCAGCUGGCGUUUGUCGAAGGUGCUGAUUUUUCUGAUCGCCUGCAACGUCUGAUGGAGCUUGAGAAGCAGGCGCUGGCUUUAGCUGCCGAUGAGCCGCUCAAACUUGGCAGCCUCGGCUCAGCGAUCCUGGAUAUUUAUGCUGGCAGCCUGACGGGCCACUACGCAAUGCGCCAGUUCUACGACCAUGUCGACUCUGAAGAUGCAAAAGCGGUUCACGAUCAGGCGCUGACGGAACUGAUAGAGGCCCUGAAGAGUGACGCUGACGGCACGCGCAGCAAACCUUACAAAGGACUGACGUUAUUUGACGGCCACACCCUGGCAAGGCUCAACAAUCGUUCUGCUGUUGGGGCGAUUUACCAGAGCAAUGCCAUCAUGGGUUUUGGCUAUCAACUGGUCAGCCGCCCGGAAAACGGACCCCUGCAGCGCGAGUUUUUCGACAUCAGCCCACUCAUGAAGGGCUUACACAAUGCCCAUGAUACCAACACCGACACCCCGUCCAGUCAACCCCAUGCCGCGGGCGAUAAUCCGUGGAUCUUAAUCCGACUGUUGGCUGCGCAGAAUGAUAGCGCUGCCCAGACUGCGAUUGGUCGAUAUCUGGCCUCAGUGCAGAAAUUCGAAGACGCUGCGGGCUGGUUAGAGGUUGCCGCCCGUGCAGAAAAUGUUGUGGCAAACGUUCUGCUCGCCACUAUUUACUGGAGUCAGGCAGAAGACAGCCAAGACCCUGGCAUUAAGAAGGAACUGCGCGAGCGUUCACUGGAAAAUUACCUGCACGCAAUAGCCCUGGGUUCAGCCGAUUCCAUGUAUACCCUUGCCAAUCUGUACAUCAACGACGUGUACGGUGAAGAAAACCGCGCAGCGGCUUUGCCCCUGCUGCGUCGUGCCGCCGAUCUGCAACAUCCCGAAUCACUCCUGUAUCUGGGGCACCUGUACAGUGUCGGUCGCGAAGUCGAGCAGGACCUUAUCCGGGCCGAUCAGUAUUUUGCGCAAGCGGCUGCACUGAACGACGCCCAGGCAAUACUCAGCUACGGGCGGUUCUUAACCAGUGCCAGCGAAGAGCCGCAAACUUUCAGCGCUGCUGCAGACAUACAUGGUUGGCUGGAGAAUCUGGCUGAGGACAAUAAUGCAGAGGCUAUGGUAUUACUGGGCAACCUGCACGCACGUGGCCUGGGCCAGAAAGCAUCCAACCGCCGCGCGGUGAGCUGGUACAAGAAGGCCGUUAAAGCCAACCCGGAAGAUGGUGAUAUCGUUAACGAAGUUGCCUGGACUCUGGCGGUAUCAGAUAUUCAAGGUCUGCAGCGCAGCGCUUUCGCCAAAAAGAUCAUGGACAAUCUCAUGACCAAAAAUGCUGAUGCCGCACAGCGUCCGGAAUAUAUCGACACGUGGGCUGCAGCACAUGCGGCCAACGGAGACUUCGAUGAGGCCAUCCGGCUGCAGAAUAAACCCUUUCUGGACGUGCGGGCACCUGCUGAGUUUGCCAAGGGUCACCUGCCCAACAGCAUAAAUCUACCUAUUCUCAAUGAUGAAGAGCGCCACCAGGUGGGCCUGACAUUCAAACGGGAGGGUCAGGCUGCAGCCACAAAACUUGGUCACAAGCUGGUCAGCGGCGCGGUCAAAGCGGCUCGUAUUGCACAAUGGCAAACUUACAUAGACGAACAACCUGAAGCCUUAGUCAUGUGCUGGCGCGGCGGCCAACGAUCGCAAAUUGCACAGAAUUGGCUGGCCAGCAGCGGCUAUAACAUCCAGCGCAUAUCCGGUGGUUACAAAGCCUGUCGGCAGGCCUGCAUAGAUAUCCUGGAAGACGCUGCACAGGCAAAGAAACCGUGGUUUGUGCUUGCCGGGCGCACCGGCGUGCAGAAAACCGUGCUGCUGAACACCCUGCCCAACAGUAUCGAUCUGGAGGGUCUGGCCAACCAUCGAGGCUCAGCUUUUGGCGCCCAAACCAGCCCGCAACCGAGCCUGCCAAGCUUUGAAAACAACCUGGCGGUACAUUACCUCAGACAUCAGCAGGCUACCCUGGUACUGGAAGACGAGAGCCGCAUGAUCGGCAGAAUCGCCGUACCGGAAAGCUGGCACCUGCGGAUGAAGAAAUCACCUCUGGUCCUGCUCGAAGCCACCCUUGAACAACGCGUUGAACACAUCGUUGCGGAGUAUGUCGACACGCGCCUGUCCCAGGGUGAUGCUGCCACCGAACUGGAAGCACAUUACCGUGGCGCGCUGAAGCGCAUUGCCCGCCGACUGGGCGGUGUUCUAUAUCAGCAGAUUGAUGACAUGAUCCGCCUGGCUUUUGAAAACCAGGCUGAUCACCGACAGUGGGUACGCACCCUGUUGAAAGACUACUAUGACCCCAUGUACGACUAUCAACUUAAAGGCAAAGCCAGCCGGGUGAUCUAUACGGGAACGUUCCCGCAGGUACAGGCUUUCUUAACAGAGAAGAACUGUUAA